AUGACGUCCACCUGCACCAACAGCACACGCGAAAACAACAGCAGCCACACGUGCGUGCCCCUUUCCAAAAUGCCCAUCAGCCUGGCUCACGGCAUCAUCCGCUCGACCGUGCUGCUCAUCUUCCUCACCGUCUCCUUCGUCGGCAACAUAGUGCUGGCGCUCGUGCUGCACCGCAAGCCGCAUCUGCUGCAGGUCACCAACCGGUUCAUCUUUAACCUCCUCGUCACUGACCUGCUGCAGAUCUCACUCGUGGCCCCCUGGGUGGUGGCCACUUCCAUGCCUCUCUUCUGGCCCCUCAACAGCCACUUCUGUACCGCCCUGGUGAGCCUCACUCACCUAUUCGCCUUUGCCAGUGUCAACACCAUCGUGGUGGUGUCCGUGGAUCGCUACCUGUCCAUCAUCCACCCUCUAUCCUACCCCUCUAAGAUGACCCACCGCCGGGGGUACAUGCUCCUCUAUGGCACCUGGAUCGUGGCCAUCCUGCAGAGCACACCCCCUCUCUACGGUUGGGGCCAGGCUGGCUUUGACCAGCGCAAUGCUCUCUGCUCCAUGAUCUGGGGGGCCAGCCCCAGCUACGCCAUUCUCAGCGUGGUGUCCUUCUUGGUCAUUCCACUGGUGGUCAUGAUUGCCUGCUACUCUGUGGUGUUCGGCGCAGCCCGGCGGCAGCAUGCUCUGCUGUACAAUGUCAAGAGCCACAGCUUGGGGGUUCGAGCCAAGGACCGUGUGGAGACUGAGGAUGAAGAGGGAGGGAGGAAGGAUGCAUUCCAUGGCCAGCACGGAGGUGAGGUCCAGGCCCAGGAGGGUGGCGUGGAGGCCAAGAAAGGGAGCGUGGAGAGCAGCGCAGGUGGUGCGGCGGCCAAGGGCAGCGAGGAGGUCGGAGAGAGCAGCUGGGUGGCCGGGGAAGGCAGCGUGGAGGGCAAGGAAGAUGGCAUGGAAGCCAACCGCCGCCUAAUGGCAGACCUGUGCCGCAUGGAGGAAGGCCAAUGCAACAUUGACCUGGGCGAAGAUGACAUUGAGCUUGGCGAGGAUGACAUCAAUUUCAGUGAGGAUGACAUGGAGGCCGUGAACAUCCCAGAGAGUCUCCCAGCCAGUCGUCGCAACAGCACCAGCGACCUUCCCCUGCCCAGAUGCUACGAGUGCAAAGCUGCGAAAGUGAUCUUCCUCAUCAUUUUCUCCUACGUGCUGUCUCUGGGGCCCUACUGCUUCCUCGCGGUCCUGGCCGUGUGGGUGGAUGUCCAAACCGAGGUGCCCCAGUGGGCGAUCACCAUAAUCAUCUGGCUUUUCUUCCUGCAGUGCUGCAUCCACCCCUACAUCUAUGGCUACAUGCACAAGACCAUCAAGAAGGAAAUCCAGGAUAUGCUGAGGAAGUUCUUCUGCAAGGAAAAGCCCCCAAAAGAAGACAGCCGCCCGGACCUGCCUGGAACAGAGGGUGGAACUGAAGGCAAGACCGUCCCUUCUCGUGAUUCUGCCUUUUUGCCUUGA